GACAAGACUAGCAUCUUUGCCUUGGAAGAAAUAAACCUUUACGAUUGUAAGAUAAUGUAAAUAAAAAAUUAUGAUCAUGUGCUUACCACUUGCCAGCUUCAGUUAAGUUGGUUUUCACACUUAUCUUAUCCGGCUACACGUUUUCCCUAGACACUGCGGCUCUGCUAUAUGGACACGUGUUCAACGUGUCGCUUUCACUUAAGAAGAAAGUAAGGUCAUAGGUCCGGACUGCACGCCCUGAUUCAAUCUACCACUCUAAUUUCAUACUUAAUCCUCUUUUGCGUGCUCUCCCCGAACCGUUUAUACGUGUUUAUCAAGAAGCAGAAGCCGAUACCUGCCGUGAACAAGGCUGUUUCUGUCAUGAUUAUGCUAGCAUUUUUCGAGCAUUUUAA